AUUUUUCUCCUCCUCAUUCCUGGCCUUUCAGAUGGAGGGAAACUACUAGUGGUGCCCAUGGAUGGAAGUCACUGGCUUAGCAUGCGCCAAGUAGUGAAAAAGCUCACAGAAAGAGGACAUGAAGUGGUGGUGAUUAUACCAGAAGUAAGCUGGCAGAUGGGAAUGACAGAGGCACACACUGUGAAAACAUAUCCAGUGUCUUACACAUUAGAAGAACUGGAUAGUGCCUUUCAUGAAUAUAUUCUUUCUCACUUGAAGGGUCUGCCUUUCCUACAGAAAGCUCUGGCACUGUAUAACAGCUCUAUAGCCAUUUUCAAGGUAUUUUUUUCUCAGUGUAAGGGCCUGUUCAGCAACAAAGAAAUGAUGCAGUACUUGAAUCAAAGUGACUUUGAUGCUCUCCUAACAGAUCCUAUUUUUAUGUGUGGAGCAACAGUUGCUAAUUAUUUUUCACUCCCCUCCAUCUUCUUCAUGAGAGGAUUUCCUUGUGGUUUACACUAUACGGCAACUCAGUGCCCAAACCCUCUGUCAUAUGUCCCAAGACUAUUUACAUUUAACUCAGACCACAUGACUUUCUUCCAGAGAGUGGAAAAUGCACUGAUUGCAAUCCUGGAGCUUGGGUACUGUAAUGGUUUAUAUGCAGAGGCGACAAAGUUUUCCUCUGAAGUUCUUCAAAGGGAUGUAUCCCUCUUAGACCUUCUAAACUCUGCUUCCAUUUGGCUGCUGAGAUUUGACUAUGUGUUUGAAUAUGCCAGACCAGUGAUGCCCAAUAUGAUCUUUGUUGGAGGUGUAAACUGUGUUCAGAAGAAACCACUGUCAAAGGUAUGCUCUUUUUCUCCAGAUUAUACAUUUUCCAAUGAAAUGUGA